AUGUAUUUAUUAAUACAAUUUAAGAAAUUUUUAUCAAUUAGUAUAAUUGUCAUUAUUUGUCAUUUAACAAUCAUCUCUCCACGUGGAUUUGAUGGUAUUCCUGGAGAAUAUUGUUCAAUAAGGACACCAACAUGUUGUGAAAAUCGUAAUGAUGAUUGUACAGUUCCAAUUCUUGGAGACCAUCUAUGUUAUUGUGAUAUGUUUUGUGAUCGUGAUCAAGAUGGUAAUGAUUGCUGUCCUGAUUUUAAAGCAGUUUGUAGAAGUCAUAAUACUUCAUACCUGUCAACUUCUCAUCAUGGAGGUGUAUGUAUAGAUUCAAAAGGUCAUUAUUAUAGUGAAAGUGAUGUUUUAACAAACAAUUGUCAGACAUGUACAUGUAUUGAUGGAGCUUGGAGUUGUAAUCAUGAUAGUACUUGCUUAAUACAAGAAGACUUACUUCAUAAAGUUCAAGUUGGAAGAUAUAGUUGGCAGGCAAAAAAUUAUUCACUUUUUUGGGGAAAAACAUUAGAACAUGGUAUUAAAUAUAAAUUAGGAACACUAUUUCCUGAAAAAUCAGUACAAAAUAUGAAUGAAAUUUUAAUAAAACCAAGAGAGUUACCAAGUCAAUUUGAUUCAAGAGAAAAGUGGGGAAAUAUGAUUCAUGGUAUUAAUGAUCAGGGUGAAUGUGCAAGUUCAUGGGCAAUGUCAACAACAGGAGUUUCCUCAGAUAGAUUAGCAAUUAUAACUGAUGGAAGAAUAAAUGCUAAUUUAUCUCCACAACAAUUAUUAUCAUGUAAUCAACAUCGCCAAAAAGGUUGUGAAGGUGGUUAUUUAGAUAGAGCAUGGUGGUAUAUCAGAAAACUUGGAGUAUUGUCAGAAGAAUGUUAUCCAUAUCGUAGUGGUUAUACACAACAACCAGAAACAUGUCAAGUUUCUAAAAGUGCUUUUAUUGAAGGAAGAAUUGAUACAUGUGUUGGAGGUGGACAAUCAGAUGAUGUUACAAUAUAUAAAAUGACACCACCAUACAGAGUUGGUAGAAGAGAGGAAGACAUAAUGACAGAAAUUAUAACAAAUGGACCUGUUCAAGCAACAUUUUUAGUUUAUGAAGAUUUUUUUAUGUAUUCAGGUGGUGUAUAUCAGCAUUUAGAUAUUGCCAAAGAAAAAGGAUAUCAAUAUACAGGUAGUGGAUAUCAUUCAGUAAGGAUACUUGGUUGGGGUGAAGAUUGGAGUACUGGAAGAUUAAUAAAAUAUUGGCUUUGUGCAAAUUCAUGGGGUGAAGAAUGGGGAGAAAAAGGAUACUUUAGAAUAUUAAGAGGAGAAAAUCAUUGUGAAAUAGAAAGUUUUGUUAUUGGAGCAUGGGGAAAAGGAGCAAAAAGAAGGAGAAGGUUUAAGAUUAAGAAAAUGAGAAAAAGACGUUUCCGUCAUUUUUAA